AUCAGGCUUUAAGCGGCUUCCGCGUCCCAACCGAGAUCAUCAUCCAUGACAUUGUUCAUCUUGCUCACACAUCAAAUGCCGGGACCCCUCUCUGGUGCGGAUAAUUGCUGGACCUAGGAUACGACAUGCCAGCACACAAGCAUGUGAAGUCCAACGAUCAUUGGUCGAUAAUGAAACCGGUGAGAGCGCGUCGUCCUCGCUUAAAGCUGCAGAACCUGGUACAGAAAGUCAAUACCUCCCGAAACAUCAGGACAUUGCUUAUUAUGUGAUAGGAACUGCCGGAUAGGCCUUUCAAGCUUGUUAUUACACUCCCUAGCAUCAGCAGGAGGCAUCUUAUGGAGAUGUCAACCUCAGUUCGUCCCGACCGUCUCAAGUUCGAGAUCGCGAUUAUAUGUGCCUUGCCCCUGGAAGCCGAACCUCUACACAAUGCCUUUAAUGAGAUUUGGGCGACCGAACCGAAAGAGGGGGACGGAAAUGCAUGUAGUUACGUUACCGGAGUGAUUGAAAAUCACAAAGUCGUGCUGGUACUACUUCCUAGCACCGGCAUUGCCAGCGCGUCUGGUACAGCAGCCUCUGUCCGUUCCAGUUUUCCCAAUAUCAAAUGGGCACUGGUAGUGGGAAUAUGUGGUGGUGUGCCUUAUGAUUCAUCGACGCAGGAAUUGAUACGCCUUGGCGAUAUCAUCAUCAGCCACGUUUUAGUGCGGUACAGGUUUGGAAAGCAAUAUCCGGAUAAGUUCGAAGAGAAGGCCGCAGCCGAAAAUAGCCUGGAACGCCUCCCUUUGGAAGUCCGAAGUAUGCUGGCAAAUCUGAAGACGCGUCUCUUCCGCCAGAAAAUGCAGCAAAAGAUCUUUGAAUAUCUCCAAAGCACACGACAAACAUCCGCAAAAGAAGAUUACCCUGGCGUGGAGUACGACAAGCUAUAUGAGCCGGCGUACCUGCACAAACAUCAUGACAUUGAUCCACAAAUUACAGACGAUGAAUGCAUGUUGGGCGAGAAACGAAUUUGUCGAGAGGCCCUGGAAACGACUUGCGAAGAGCUCGGAUGCGAAGCGAACAGACUUGUCAACAACAGACUAAUAACGAAUGAGCAACAACCUUCGGUUCAUUUUGGUGGUGUCGGAUCUGGCGAUACCGUGAUGAAGUCCGGAAAGGAUCGUGAUGAUCAUUCGAAGGCACGUGACCUUGUCGCCUUUGAAAUGGAAGCCGCUGGUGUAUGGGAUCACUUUCCAACCCUCUUGAUCAGAGGGGUGAGUGACUAUGCCGACAGCCACAAAAACAAGCGAUGGCAGCAUUACGCCGCAGCAACUGCGGCCGCUUGCUUGAAAGCGUUUCUCGGAGAUCUGACAAAUCAGGACGGACUUUCGGACAGGAGCCUGGUCAGUAUCCCUAUGGCGAGAAACAUAAACUUUGUUGGGAGGGACCGGAUCCUUCAAGACAUCCACAGGGCAGUCACUGCUCACAGUUUCCAAGGAUCCGACUGUAUCAAAUAUAUCGUCUAUGGCAUGGGGGGCAUCGGAAAGACUCAAACGAUUCUCGAGUACGCUUAUAGGUAUCGGAAACAUUUCUCAUCUGUUUUCUGGGUAAGAGCUAAUAGUUAUGAAUCUGCGAUGGAGAGCUAUAUCACUAUCGCACAGAAAAUUGAACGGGUAGACAAGUCUUACGCGGUAGACCGGAGCCUCGAAAAGAAAGACUUCGAUAGAGCAGUAACCUUGGUUGUGAAAGAGUGGUGGACUGCCAGGGAAAACUGCAAUUGGCUGUCGUUAUUUGACGGUUGGGAUGGUUUGGAUGACGAGAGGAUUGAGUCCUUAAUCCCUCAUGGAGGUUCUGGUGUGAUCCUGAUUACCAGCCGGAGGCAGGACUGGGCACGGGCUGGAGAAAGUCUCGAUAUUCCACUCAUGCAGGAAGCAACCUCAUUGUUACUUCUUGAAAAGAGCUCUUUGACCAAAUACAGUAAGAGCAACCAGAAAGAAUUGGACGCUGCGAAAGAGAUCGUCAAUAUGUUGGGGCAUUUGCCUUUAGCCAUCGAUCAAGCAGGAGCACAUAUCCACACUCUGAAGAUACAGGCCGGAAAAUACCUAGCACGCCUCAAAGAGAACGCGGAAACGUUGGACUGGAAACCACCAGCGAAUGUUUGGGUAUACGGCAAGACUGUGCUAAGAUCUUGGGAGUUGACUUUUAAAGAGCUUGAAAUAUCUCACUCAGAUGUUUUGAAGAUAUUCCAAGUUUGUGCGUUUCUUGCUGGCGAGAACAUCAGUGAAAGCUUGCUCAGAGAUGGCUUCAAUUUUGGGCAUAUGGAUCCCCUGGCUCGGACGGUGGAAGAUGGCAUGGGAAUUCUAUUUUCCUUCUCUCUCGCAAAGCGCGAGGGAGCUGGCGAUGGGUUUUCAAUCCAUCCAAUACUUCAGACAUGCAUUCGCUACAGAUUAUGCCCACUCCAAAGGCAGAGGUUUCUGGCCCGCGCAAUCUUGGUUGUUGCUGGCGCUGUAUCCAGAUUGGCACCAGAGCGAGAACAAGCUUGGUUUACUUACAGGCAACUGCUGUCGCACGUUAACAGUUGCGAGGGACAUCUCGGCGACUGCUCGCCGCCUACGAUACGUGUUGGCUCCGCAAAGGCGCCCAACCUCCAUGAGGCAAAAGCGCGCUUCAUCCUUGGAAGUUUCUGCGACCAGCUCGGACAACAUGAUCAGGCAAUUCGUUGGUUCAAGAGAGGCCUCGACCCAGCAUUGGACCCGUCCACGUUAUCAACAUUAGAAUGCCGUGACGGCCUCUUUACAGCCAUGCUCAAUAAAGGCCACUUGCAUGAGGCAUUGGCCGAGUUCCAGACUCUCUAUACCGAAGCAGUUACUCAACUCGGUGUGCGACAUGUAUUGACGAACAAAAUCGCCAAUACUCUCGGUAUAAGUUACAAGAAGAUCGGGUCAUGGGACAAGGCCUUGGAAUGGUACGGAAAGUCCCUCACACAGGUUAGGGAAAUGUUCGGCGAAAAUGAUCAGAGAACACUCGCCGCUUUGAACAACAUGGCGGUGAUUUAUAAAGAACAGAAAGAGUAUGCGAAGGCAGAAACCGUCUUGCGGGAUGUGUUAAGGAAAAAGGAGGAAGCAUUGGGGGAGGAAAAUCUUUCCACUCUUGAGACAGUCAUGAAUCUUGGCAUCUUGCAUGGACGUCGUGGGCGGUACGAUGAGGCGCUCCAUCUCCUACGACGAGCUCUCUGCGGAAAAGAGAAGCAACUGGGGAAAGAUAAUCCGAAAACCCUUGGGGUGAAAGGUAACAUCGCCAACCAGUAUCUCAGAAGCGGAAAGGUCGAAGAUGCUAUCAAGCUGCACAAGGAGACCUAUGAUGGUUACAAGAGGAUUCACGGCCCUAUACAUCAGGAUAUAUUUACCACGGCCGACCGGUUGGGAGAAGACUAUUUCCAAAAAGGAAUGUACCCUGAAUCACUUCGUUGGUAUUAUGAGGCGCUGUUUGGUAUGACACGUCUUCUCGGAAAGGGAAACGCAAAAACUCUGGAGACCGUCGCGAACAUCGCCCAAGUCUUCCAAGUGCAAGGUCAAUUCUAUCAAGCAAUAAUUCGGUAUAAAUGGGCAUUGGAUCUUUUCAGAGGACGUUAUGGCUUCGAACACCCUUGGGCGCGAUCAGUAGAGAGUCAAGUUAGGGCUCUUCUCCUCUUGUGGCACCAAAGGUCAAGAGCCAUGCAGUCCAGGUGA